CUAAACGUGUCGUCACCCCGGCGUCUUUCCUCCCCACCCGGUUGCUGUGCGUCACUUCCUGCGCGCCCGCGGUGCAGGCUGGGAUAGCAUCCGGGCCUGCCUGUUGCGGAGGGAGCCGGAGCCGCUCCCGUUGUUUCCCUGCUAGGAGAAGACCCCGAACCCGCCCGGCGCCAUGGCGAUGCAAGCGGCCAAGCGAGCCAACAUUCGGCUGCCUCCUGAAGUCAAUCGGAUUUUAUAUAUCAGAAACCUACCAUACAAAAUCACAGCUGAGGAAAUGUAUGAUAUUUUUGGAAAAUAUGGACCUAUUCGGCAAAUCAGAGUUGGAAACACUCCAGAGACUAGAGGAACAGCAUAUGUAGUUUAUGAAGACAUCUUUGAUGCCAAGAAUGCUUGUGAUCAUCUGUCAGGAUUCAAUGUGUGCAACAGAUACCUUGUUGUCUUGUACUACAAUGCAAACAGGGCAUUCCAAAAGAUGGACACAAAGAAGAAAGAAGAGCAGCUGAAACUUCUCAAGGAGAAAUACGGAAUAAACACAGACCCACCAAAAUAAAGAUGAGCUCUUUCUGAAAGAUUAUUUUAACUCUUGCCACAGUGUUUUCGGACUGAACCUCAUAAGGACUGUUAAUCAAGUCUGAUUAUUUUCAUUUGACCCUUUUACUUCUAUGCCUCCUGCAUAGACUAUUCAUUUUGAAGCUUUGAUAUUUUACAUUUGGAAUUUUACUAAAUAAAUGUAGUGCACUUUUGGAUUUGG